UCUGAGCAUACUUCCAUCACUGUCAGUCCGCUUCUGUUGACUCAGCACUGCACUGGGCACCGCAUAAGCAAUCCAUUACAAGCAACUACACUGAAACUCGAACAUGCGAGACAUGCCAUCCAAGUUCGUUGAGAUCCUCGAUCCCUCAGAUAACCUGCGCUCCUCCAACUCAGAUGUUCGCCUGGAAGAUGUCCUAGCCGAUCACGAGGCCAUCGUCACCACUCGGCCUCGGUCCGCCACGAAGACCAGUGACCGAUCAGAUCGUGAUAACUCCUCCUCGCCGGCGCAGCGUUGGAAAAGACUGAGUACUAUCCUCAUCACGCCGCGACGACCUUCCACAUCGUGAUCGCUAUUGCUAUACUACGCUCCCAGAACCGAGUUCUGCUAUAUUUUCAGUUAUCUUGCGACGAUUAGACAGAUACAAGGGACCGCCACCUUAGACACCCAUAUCUAAUACCUCUACG